AGCGGCCGGCUCCAGCAGCGCUCGCGGGGCGCCCGGGGUCGGUGGGGCGCCAGGCGCGGGCCUGCGCGCCGCAGCAACGGCAGGCGCCGCGGCGCGCUCCGGGCGCGCCUCGGCGCCGCCCCGGGGCGCCGUGACGGCGCGCCACGGGAGCCCAGAUGGGCCAGCUCGCCUGCGACCCAGGGGCCUUCUGUGCCGUGGAGUCCAUCGACUCCACCGUGCCCGGCGGCGGGGUCGAGACGCUCGCGGUCCGCUCGCAGGUGGAGCUGCUGGCUGGGGAGGACGAACACCUGAAGGACUUCCAGCGGAUGUCCCAAGAGUACGGGAUGGUCGCCAGCAGCAGUUCGCGAGAGAAGCGCGAGCGCAGGGUCAGGCGCCUGAAUGUAAGAGGGGCAGGCCUGCAGGAUGUGAACGGUGUCUACCGGGGCGCCGGGAAGUUCGCCGACGGUCACCUUUUUGUGAAGGAGACCCCGCUGGGCAAAGUCUACAUCCGGCGGCAGGGCGAGGAAGAGUACGCCCGGAGCUGGCGCAUCACGCUGUCCGCGUCCUCGCGGGACGGCAUGCAUCUGUAUAAGCGGGAGCAGGCGCCCGUGGAGCAGACCGACCCGCCCGUCCUCGGCUGGGAGGUGUGCUCCGCGGCGGACGGGGUGGCCGAGGCUCACGCUGGCAAGCUCGGCAAGCCGCCGGAGAAGUUGGACGUGUCCUUCCUGCCCGCGCACAUGAUGAACGGCUCCAGUUCCAGCGACAUAUUGAGACCUCUCCAGCUCGAGGACAACACUGUGGAGUUGGACCUCGAGGUUGCCAUCAUCAGAGCCGGACAACUUCGGAACAUGGAUGAGAUCACCCACUCCGACCCCUACUGCCUGUGCACCAUCCCUGGCAAGUUGGGCAAGAGCCGUCUGAAAACCACGGUCAUCACUGACGAGCUGGACCCCGUUUGGAACUUCAGGGAUAUCAUGCCAGGCUACGAGGUCGGCGACAGCCUGCAGUUCGAGGUCUUCGAUGAGGACAUUGGCGGCGAUGAGCUCAUCGGCAUGGCCAGGCUGUCGCACGAGGACUUCUACCCCAACGGCUUCCAGGGCGAGCUAUCCCCGCGGGAAGGGAGCCCCGCUGCAGGGCGAGCUGUCGGUGGCACUCACGCUCUUCAAGGUGGUGGUGGGCCCCCGCGGGCGCGCCGAGCAGCAGAAGAGGAGGAGGAAGCUCUGCAAGCACGUCCAGGUGGCUAUCAUCAGCGCUAGCGGCCUUGCCGUCGCGGGCGGCGAGAUGGACUGCGAUCCAUACUGCGUCUGCAGGAUAGCCGACGCCGAGGGUUCACCAGAGGACGAGGGGCCUCAUCGUGCUCAGGGCCGCAGCCAGGGCGCCCACUGGAAGCGACGGUAUGGCCGAGCAGAGGCCAAAGGCCAGAUCGAGACCCACGUCAUCCCCCGGACGAGGAACCCGACCUGGCGAUACCUCGACGAGCUGUCUCUGUACGCCGAGGGCGACGCCCUGUUUUUUGAGGUCUGGGACAGAGACGUCGGCAAGGAGGACGCGCUGGAUUUCAUUGGUCACGUUGUGCUCACAGGCGACAAGAUAAUGCCGAACGGCUUCCUGGGAGAACUUCAGCUGCUGGAUGCCAGCGACGCCCCCCUGGAGGCGAGGCUGAACAUCUGCAUCAUCCCGCCUUUCAGGGACGUGCCUGGCAUCAGAUGCAGGCGCCGACGCCUUGCGGAUGCC